CAGCGUCACACCAACUUUACAGAGAGGGACAGGAGUAAACAGCAGGAGAAAAAAAAACGACACCCCUCCCUCCAUCACUUUUACCCGAGGGGAGUGUGUGAGAGAGUGUGGUGUGUGACAGAGACGAGCUAGAAAAAACGAGGACAAACAUCGCCAAGCAACUCCGCGAACGUUGCGAAUCUUGUGUGAUUUUUCACCGUUCGUUCACGAACUUGACGCACAAGGGAACUUUACGCGAGACGGACGGAGUUUACGCGCGAGAGGAGAAAAUGAGGACUGGAUCUGUGUGCAGAUUUUGUGCAUUUUGGUGUGGUGUGUUUCUUGCCCUGCCUUCAAACAGAGCUGAUACAGCAGAGAAGCCGGUGUCUGGACGGCAGUCUCGUCAGGCAGAGGAGGAGGGGCUUGAAGGGGUUUGGGGACCUUGGAGUGAGUGGGAGGAGUGUUCUCAGAGCUGUGGAGUGGGUGUGUCUGAGAGGAGGAGACAAUGCAUGCCACCGCCCCAAACCCCACCCCUCAUCUGGAACAGACCAGCUUACCUGCCCCCAGGUGUCCCAAACCACACCCCUGUGAUCUCCGCUGUCAGACCCUACCACAACUCCUUGUAUCCCGGAAACGAGCCCCCUCCAUAUGGAGCAGGAGUUGCUGAGAGGUCUCCAUUUUAUUCUCCACCCCUCCCAGCCAAUCAGAAUCCUGGAUUACCCCUUUACCGCAAUGAAGCUGGUGGUUCCGGGCCAGUGCAGUUCGGCCCAUCCAAUCAGGAGCCAGUUUCAGUCUACCGUUCACCUUCGUUUCCUGCUUCAUCUUCUUCGUCCUCUUCACUUCCGUAUAGUCAGCAUGGAAGAGUUCCCGGACGGUCGUCUAGUCAUGCUAGAGGAAGAGCUGUUGGCACUGGCAGCAGGAGGUCAGUUUCCACCAAUAGGGAUCCAGCGUCUAGAAGAAGGUCUAGUUCUAUUCGUCCUGGACAGUUUGGGUAUGGCAGGGUCCCAUUCUCUCUGCCCCUACACAGACAAAACCGGCAUGUGCGCCACACACACCGCCACAACAGCACCACCACCACAGACAGUCUUGAUGCUAUAGACGUUAAUUCUAUCUUACACGAAGACAAAACAGAGGGAGAUGUAGAAAAAAGUCAAACAGAGGCAGCCAAGAUCAACAAAGAACUAAAAGAGAAGAGAAAAGAAAAAGAAAUAGAGAUAGAGGCAGUUACCACGACAACAGACACGGAGAGCAGUGAUAUUGCAGCUGAGGGACCAAGUGACGGCGAGACGCCCAGAUGGGCAGAAAGAACAAGGGAAGGUGAAAGAAUCUCCCUUUCCCAGUCCUCGAACCAGAGACAAAGCCAGACACUCGCGGCUCGUGACAGCCACACUUCUCGCCAAGUCCCACACUCAUACAUACACACUAUCCACCGAGCAAACACUCCCAGAGACCCUCCCCCUUACAGCCUGCCUCUACCCCUCCUCCAAACACCCACAAACCCCAACCCUGAACCCUGGGUCCUGCAGAACGGCUCCCAGCCACCCAGAAAUGAAGCAGAGAGAGGCUGGAUGCCCCCAGCGACUCCCCGCAACUACAGAUGCUCUGGCAAGGACAAAGAGUACCGCAGGUGCAGUCUACAGGCAUGUCCAGGUGCUGCACUAAGCUCCAGGGCUGUGCAGUGUGCAGCGUUCAACAGUCAGGAGUUUAUGGGACGCGUGUAUGACUGGGAGCCUUUCACAGAAGUGGGUUUGGAGCAGCAAUGUGAGUUGACCUGCCGGCCCGUCGGGUAUCGUUUCUACGUCCGACAGGCGGAGAGGGUACAAGAUGGAACUCCGUGCACAAAUAACACACCCAAUGAUGUGUGUGUGGGAGGACGCUGUCUGAGUGAGGGUUGUGACGGCGUGUUGGGCUCGGGGUUGGUUCGGGAUCGCUGUGGUGUGUGUGGAGGUGGAGACGGCACCUGCGAGCGGAUCACCGGAAGUUUCCUAAACACAAGUGUUCCUCUAGGUUACCACAAAAUCCUUGACAUCCCACCCGGAGCCACGGCUAUCAACAUCACAGAGAGAAGAGCCAGUCCAAACUACCUGGCCCUGCGAAGUGGAACAGGUCAGUCUGUGGUGAACGGACGCUGGGCGGUCGAUCCGCCAGGAGAGUAUCAUGCAGGAGGGACCACUUUCUUGUACAGCCGCCCCAAAGCAGGGCCUCACGAGCAGGGAGAAGAGAGAGGAGAGUCCCUCACUGCACCUGGACCCACAACUGCCCAGCUGCAGCUAUAUAUUAUUUUCCACAAGCAGAAUCCAGUCAUAGACUAUGAAUAUUACAUCCCAGUGGAGAAAAAGAGAGACGGAGCGAGAGAGAUACAGAGAGAGAGGGAGAAGGAGCGGGCGGCACUCCGAGAAAUCAGUGCUCACUCAGUUGCCGUUGAAAAGCCUAUCAUUCCCCCUCCUGUGUCAUCUUCUGAUUCCUCUCCCCCAUUUUCAUUCCCUUUCUCUUCUUCCUUUUCCUCCUCAUCUGAUCGAUGGCCAGCAGAGAGGCCCCGCCCACAGGGCACAGGACCCAAUCGUAAUGCUCGGAUCCCUCCACGCACAGACCUCCCACUGGACAAUCAGCCUCUGUUUGUGUGGCGUCGAGGGCUACUCACUGAAUGCACUGCCACCUGUGGCAAAGGCUCCCAGUACAGAGAUAUUGUGUGUGUGAACAGACAAACAGAACAGGAAGUUCAUGAAAGGAGGUGUGACUCUGCAACUAAACCAACUCCAGAGGAGGAACCAUGCAACGUCUAUCCAUGUCCACCAUUCUGGGAUACAGGAGCAUGGUCGGAGUGUAGUGUUUCCUGUGGCUGGGGUGUGCAGCAGCGUCAGAUACAGUGCAGACAGAGUUUUGGGAAUCGUUCUACAAUGGUUCACCCACAACGAUGUGCUGGUCUCACCCAACCCAACGCCACACAGCCCUGCCACCCGCGUGUCUGCUCCCACUGGGAGAUCAGCACCAACUGGAGCACGUGUUCAGUGGAUUGUGGAGUAGGAAAGAGAUCCCGGAGCGUACGCUGUGUCAGUAACCAUGGUAAUGUUGUGAAUGACAGGGAGUGCAAUGACAGGCUCCGCCCACAAAGAACUGAAGACUGUCACAUGGGUCCCUGUGUCACUAACUGGUACUUCACUGAUUGGACACACACUUGCUCUGCAGCGUGUGGUCCCGGUGUCCAGCGGAGAGAGGUAGUGUGUCUGACCAGAGGAGGCAAGAGUGAAGGAGGAGAGUGUGUGGGGGAGAAACCACAUGAUAUGAAGGCUUGUAACGGGGGACCCUGUACAUCCACAAACCUCUGGUACACUGGACCCUGGGGACAGUGCAAUGCAGCGUGUGGGAACGGCACCCAGCGCAGAGACAUCAUCUGUGUGAAAAAGACAGGCAGUGGUUUCACAGUGAGAAUUGCCAGUGAGUGCUCGCACCUGGAGAAACCGUCUCCUGUGCAGCCGUGUGAACUGCAGCCCUGCAGACCACAUUGGUUCACCACUGAAUGGACCACGUGCUCUCGUUCUUGUGGUGAAGGUGUGCAGAGGCGAGAGGCACGGUGUCUCACAGUAGACAAACAGCACAGCUCAUCAUGUGAUCCCGACUCCAAACCUGCACUGGAACAGUCCUGUAACACCAUACCCUGCAGUCCAUUUGAAGAUGAGAACUGUAAAGACAGACGGCAUAACUGUGUGAUGGUGGUCCAGGCUCGACUUUGCGUCUACUCCUAUUACAAGACCGCCUGUUGUGCUUCCUGUACUCAGAGUGCUCAGCGGGCUAAAAGACAUUGACCCUACACAGGUUAAAGGUCACAGAGAUAUCACGUUAAACCUAGCACAUACUGAGAUUCACUAUGGGCCAACCAGAGACAAAACUCAGCCAAUCUCAGUAAUUACAUCACAGGAGUCAACCAAUUAGAGGCUAUAUCAUGUCCAAAUGGAAUUCCAGGAGAGAAAGCCAACUAAGGAUCUCCUUAGAGUGAAAGUUUUAAAAUGCUAUCUGGGCUUGUAGGCACUCCAGGUCUGUGCUUACCAGUAGCUGUCCCCCAAUGAUGAAGUCUAGGACUGUUUAGUACACUAUACUAUCAGUGAGGAUGCCAAAUACUCAUCCAUGCCUUAAAUAUUCUCUAAACAAAUGCACUGAUGUCACUAGUCCAUGUUCUGGACACUAAUAUGAAGAUUUUGUUGGUUGAAUGGGACCAAUUCUAGAAGUUGCCUUUGUGUUUUUGUCACACCUAGAGAUAUUAGAUGAAAUGUUAUGAUGUAAAUGCAAGUCAAUCAACAUAUUUGGAAUCAGAAUCACUGUUACACUACAUGGUCAAAAGUUUGUGGACACCAUUUUCCAUUAAGGGGCAAUAAUUGCUGGACACUAGAUAUGGUUUUGAAAUUAAACGUUCAACAAGCACAUUGAGGUGUUGUUUGGGUGUACACAUACUUUUGGUCAUGAUCUGAUCAUCAUACAAUCUCAAGGCAGGAACCCGCCAUGGUGCAAGAUGCAUACAUGGCAUCACUUUUUGUACAUAAAAAAACUAUAGGAAUUUUAAGACAAAAACAUUACAUAAACAGCAAUUAACCUCUCAAAAACAGUCUCUUUUGGCUUGACUCAUUCCCCUAAAUCGUCCAUCAGAUAAAUGCUACUGUAUAUGUACGCAUUACUGUUUAAAUCGAUCUACAAACUAAUGUAAAAUCUUAUUUUUUGGUGCGUUAAAAUUGUAUUUGUUGGUACGUAUGUCUAAAUAUCUGUUAAGCUGUUUGUAGUCUGAGCAGGCUACAUAAAAUCCAGUUUUUACAAACCACUGUACUGUAUGUGGUUAAAAAUGUGAUUAAAAUCAGAUUUUAGUAUGAACAAUCAGAUCUGAUUUCAAGUAAUCUUUUUUUAUUAUUUGGGACAUGAUGUGUAUGUAACGUUAUACACAAUGCACAGUAAUGUCUGUAGAAUAUUGUUUAUACUGUCUGAACAUACAGAUCCGAUUUCAUCUCUUGCAAAAUGACAGUCGGUCCAAAAGAUCAGAUAUGAUAAACCAUUAAAAAUUGGGUGCAGUGUGAAAAAAAUAUAUCAACUCUCAGUAUCUUAUUCAGUCUUUAUUCCCUUAAACAAUGCCACAGGAUGAACUUUAGAUCAGUCUUGUUGUAUAUCAUUCAAUCAGUGUUCCAUGUAUAUUUUAGUAUUUGAUCAAAAUGAUUUUUUAUUUUUUUUAUUUGUUGCUGUUUUUAUUUAUUCCCCACAAUGUAAAUUCAAAAAAGUCCAUUACUAAAUCAAACUCUCAGAAGCCCUAGCAGUUUUAUGUUGUUAUUAUAAAAUGUAAGAUAUUCUUGUUGUGCGUUCCCUAUUUUUAAUAUAUACAGUACCAAAAGCCUUGCCUCUGCUAAAUGGAAGAAUGCAUCAGGGUUAUUUGUGCGUUGUAUUCAUUGCUUAAGUAAUAAAUAUGCAAACAGUAAUAGCAUACUUAAUUUUUCAUCCAAAGCAACAAACAGUGCAGGGCUAUUCUCCUGGAUCAAGCUGCUCCUCUUAUAAAUACUCCAGCUUUAACCACUAGACUAGUACAACCUCUUAUGCAAAUGAGUAAUUGAAUAUGUAAAUUAAUAAUGACAGAGAUGGGGUGGAUGUCUGUCCCCAUAACAGAUGUAGUCCUCCCUGACUGCAAAAACCUUAAAAAAUGGUUUGUGUGUGUUUAGUUGUGUCUGACAGUUUAUGUACAUAUUUUGUAUGUAUAGUAUCACAUACAUCUAGACAGAUAGCAGAUACCCUAUAGAAGGAUUCAAAAAGAUACGUUAUAUAAAAAACAAGAAACAUAGUUAUUUAUCUAUGAUAAAAAUACAUAUAAUUUAUUUUUAUUUUUCUGAAAUGGAUCAGUUACUGUCUUUGGAAAUUCAAGAUAAAUUUGUUGUUCUUAUGAUAUACAUUUUUGUUGCUUUGUAAUGGGGAGAAAAAAAAACUGUGUGCAAAUUGUACAAUUAUUAUUCAUAAUAAACAAAUCUAAAAUCA